AGCUUUCUUGUGUUGUAAUGGUGACGCUGAGGUUGACGACUUAUCAGGGGCGUGGAAACUGAGUUUUCAAUUUUCACUUAGAAUUUAAGAUUUGACACCUACAAUGAACUGAGUGGUAACCAGCAAAGUUUCAGAAUGGCUGAGGAACGGACAACUGAAGUUGCUACAAGAAUGGGGACAAGAAGACAGACAAUGCUGAAUGAGAGGAAAGCUAAGGAAGAACAAAAUGAACAACAAAAUAAUAAACCAAAUGAAUGUGCAGAACCAUUCGCCUGCUGUGGCUGUAACAGAACAUUUAGCACUCCAGCAGGUUGCAAAAGGCAUAUGCGUUACUGUGCAUUAGCUGAUGGAUCGUUAUUAGUGGUAGACAAGAGUAACAUGGACAACGCCAAUGGGCCUGAGAACAGUUUACGAGGCAGGCAAAAUUCAGAGAAUAGUGAAGCAGCUAACCCAACAGAAGCACAAGCUAAUGGUAGCCCUCAGCAACAGAUAAAAGGCACAGUGUUGAACACAGUAAAUGAGCUUAUAGACGAAACUUCAGCUUUGGGUCCAGGUAAAUGUCAUUGUUGUGGUGAAGACCUCGACACUGCCCACUCGGGGGGUGACUUUGAAUGUGUUGAUUGCUCUAAAAGCUUCAAGUUGAAGUCCAGUCUGGAGAGGCACAGAAGAGUGAUUCACAUGGAAGGAGAGACAUAUACAUGCCCAGAGUGUAAUGCAAGAUGUCCAGACAAAGGAACUCUUGCAAGGCACAUGUACACUCAUACGGGUCUGAAACCCUAUUCAUGUUCACGUUGCCAAAAAACCUUUAGCAGAAAAUAUCAUUUGGAGCGACAUGUUGCACAAACAGGCUGUGAUGGGAAGUCAAGGCCAAGUUUUCCAUGUCAGGUGUGCGGGCGAAUGUUCAGUCGGAAAGAUAAUUUGAGGCAGCAUUUACGUGCUCAUGCAGGUCAGGUGAUACGAAAGAAGACUUACACAUGUGAACAUUGUCAUCAUGAGUUUCAGGGUGCUACACUUUUGCAGGUGCAUUUGAGGACACAUACAGGUGAGAGACCAUAUCCUUGUGAUUUCUGUCCAAAGAGAUUUCCUUCAAGUGGUGCGAUGAAGAAACAUCGAAGGAUGCACACUGGCGAGCGACCUUAUGAAUGCAAGGAGUGCUAUGCCAAAUUUGCAGCAAAGGAAACACUGAAUCGCCACAUACGUACGCACACAGGUAUCAAACCUCAUAUCUGCCAGUUCUGUGGCAAGAGCUUUAUACAGUCUGCCCAACUUCGAGCUCACAUUUUCCAUCACACAGGUGAAAAUGGGUUCACAUGUUCCCACUGCGGCAAGGCAUUCAAUCGCAGAUCUCGUCUUCUUAUGCAUGUGAAAUAUAUUCAUGAAGGUGCAAAACCAUAUGAAUGUGAGCAAUGUUCAAAAACUUUUGUCCGAAAGGAAGAUCUGGCUCGUCACACUAUUCUACACUCAGGCAUAAAAGCACACAAAUGCCCAAUUUGCCAGAAGAGCUUCGCCAUGAAAUCUUCAUUGAAGAUACAUCUUUUGACACAUACAAAGGAACCACCCCGUUCUUGUGAUGAAUGUGGAAGAGCAUUCAUUCGGCAAGAUUGUUUACUCCGUCACAUGCGCACCAAGCACAGAGACAUGUUGGAGGAGAUAUUGGCUGAAACAGAAAAGAAAAAACUGCAACAGCAGCUUCUAGCUGCAGCAGCAGCUCAAGGGCCUGUUGGAUCUGGUGUGGGCCUGAAUGGUAGUGGAAGUGAUGGAAGUUCAGGCGAUCCUAGUAGCAUACCAUCACUCAGUGAAGCUGCUCUCGCUGACUCAGUUCGUGAGCUGCUGGCACUGCUAGUGGACGAAGCCACUCUAAAGGCUUUUGGAUGGCCAGAAACACAAGUUGACCAGUUGCUAGAGGCAGUCAUUCGUCGAUGUGGUCAUCAGCCUGUAACCUCAGAGGAGCUAUUGUACACAGAUAGAUUGCGUGAAAAUGCCAAGCUGCUGUUCACUGUUGUCAUAGAUGACUCUGCUGUCAAGACUUUGCUCAACAAUCAGACUGUGGACGAAGUUAUUUUGCAUGUACUUCGUCUCGCCAAGUCAUAAAAAUAAUUGUGUGUGUGGCUGGGUGGGUGGAUGGGUGUGCGCGCAUGCACUUAGUUAGCUCCUGUCUCCCUGGUGUUCAUAUUGUUACAACAGAACCUGUUGCAUUCAUUUCAGUCAUUUCAGAUAUAUAUUUGAUGGCAUCUUAUGUGUUGAACUUAAAGUUUGUCUUUUUGAUUUUUCUUCAAUGAACACAUUACAUCCAGAGUCUGAAGUCAGUGAUUUUGUUAGCACAAAUGUAGAUGCUUCUUGUACAGAACAUUUCUCUUUGCAUACCACCGAAUCAUCAAAGGAUUCAGGUAUGAAGUUUCUGUUAUGCUUUUACAAACCGUUCUUUUUUCUCUUUCUGCUGCCAGACUUCAGUAACAGUUGAUUGUUGCAUUUAAUAAUGGAGAUGUCUCAGUUAACCUUAGGGUAAUUGUUACAGACCUCUUCCUUAUAUCAGAAUUAUUCACAUUUACACCAUUUCUAUGCAAACUGCAUUCCAUUGUGUGAGUUUUCUUGAUUAGAAAUUUUUUUGUCUGCUAUUUUCCUUCCAUAUGUAAAAUCAUUCUGAUCGUAAUUUCUCCAUGGUUUUGGGAAGUAUCUGUUUGACAUGAUCCAUAAUUUGUGUCAAAUGCAGAUGUAAUCACAAAGUAUAGACAUCUUUGAGGCUCGCACAGUUGCAAAAAAACAGCCGUAUUUGUAAGGAGUCCAAUGUAUGUUAGCUUUAGGGACCAUGAAAUUUAUCAGUUUGUUUUCAGAGUGAAAUAUCAAAUCCUACUUUUAUUCAUACAGAUUACAUUUUGUGAAUACUCGUUAUCUUGACUGAUACUAAGAGCCAUCUGGCAACUAAGAGCACCAGCAGAAAAUUAAUUAUUUGUAAAAAGAAAUAUGAUGAAACGUGUAACUAUAUUUUUUUGUAUGUAAAUGAUGAGGAUGUAAGAUAUGAAUUA